AUGUUCUCAAACAGAAAUCGACACUUCCACUGUUUGCUAGAUACUUCUGUUUGCUCCAAGGUCCACCUUGAAUGGUUCGAUGUCAACGCGGGCGAAGUUAAGCCCAGCAACCAGUCGUCUGGCGUUGAAAUACCCUUGCCACAAGUCCCACCCAUCGACGAGGCUGAAAACCAAGCGCCACCCCUUCGUGAAAUCUGCCCCGAGGUUGGGUGCUGGGCUGCUGGCUUAAGUCUGCGGCGGCGCCUUGCGGAUAUGCCAGCACAUCUCAUCUCCCCCGCGUCUGAACCGCCCGCAUCAUUGGCAACGGCCAGGGGGUCGUUGCACGGUCCAUCUCUUUUCACGACGUCUAUUCUCGGCUUCAACUACAAUGCCUGCCCUACUUCAGUUGGGACCCGUUUCACACCGCUGCCAAGGAGCCGCAGGAAGAGUUGCUUACAGAACUUGCUCUAUCCAAAACCUACCAGCAGACAUUAA